AAAAAAGGCAAACUGUCACAUUCAGCGAAAAAAGAAGCAGAAGUUUGGUGCGUGCGUGCGUGUGAGAAUCUGAUCCAAAUCGUCGUCCACCGACGCACCUUUUGUUCGGUACGGGUCACACGGAAUCUUCCGUCGUUUAAACAUUUGGACUAGUGCUUCUCUACCAUCUAUCUCUCUCUCCCGUAAAGAGGUUUAGGACAAAACAACUGUCAAAAUGCAUCGCGCAAGAACAGCUCUCCAUAUGGUGAACCCGAUGGGUCAGCAGAAUUUCGGAGCAUUUCUGCUGAAGAAACCAGCGUCGAAGCUGACCACGGAACUGGUUGCCGCUUCGUCCGUGAAGCUUUACAACUCCGCUGCAGCCGAACCGUUCCUGAAUGGUUCUUCGUCAAACUACAUUGACGAUAUGUAUAAUGCAUGGCUGCGGGAUCCAGCUUCCGUGCACGCGUCCUGGGAUGCAUAUUUCCGCAACAACUCGUACGCCGCACCACCGAGCUUAGCUCCGGUACCGAAGAACCAUGUACCCGCCGCACAGUACCUCGGCAGCUCGCUGCCAGCCGUGGCCGGCGGAGGCGUCGCCGUCGGUGGACGUAUCGACGAUAAGCUGAUCGAUGAUCAUCUUGCCGUGCAAGCCAUCAUUCGUAGCUAUCAGAUCAGAGGGCAUAAUGUGGCCCGUCUUGACCCGCUCGGCAUCAAUAGUGCAGACCUGGACGAUAAAACUCCACCAGAGUUGCUGUACUCGUCCUACCGUUUUGUACACCAAAGGAUCUUGGAGUGUGUAAGCAAUGAAGAUCGUCAACUGCUGAUGGGGAUGAAGGAAGCCGACAUGGAACGCGUCUUCAAGCUGCCGAGCACAACGUUCAUCGGUGGUAAGGAAAAGUUCCUGCCGCUGCGUGAAAUUCUGGGCCGACUGGAGAAGGCGUACUGCAACAAAAUCGGCGUCGAGUUCAUGUUCAUCAACUCGCUCGAACAGUGUAAUUGGAUCCGCGAACGCUUCGAAACGCCCAACAUCAUGACGUACACGAACGACGAGAAACGACUCAUUCUGGCCCGCCUAACGCGCGCCACCGGAUUCGAAGCAUUCUUGGCGAAGAAAUUCUCGUCAGAAAAGCGUUUCGGUCUGGAGGGUUGCGAGAUCAUGAUACCCGCGAUGAAGGAGGUAAUUGAUGUGUCGACGCGUCUGGGCGUUGAGUCGAUCAUCAUGGGUAUGCCGCAUCGUGGUCGUUUGAACGUGCUGGCCAACGUGUGCCGUAAGCCGCUGCACCAGAUCUUUACGCAGUUUGCCGGUUUGGAAGCGGCCGAUGAUGGUUCUGGUGACGUAAAAUACCAUCUCGGUACGUACAUUGAGCGUCUCAAUCGUGUGACGAACAAGAACAUUCGUCUAGCCGUCGUCGCCAACCCGUCCCAUCUGGAGGCGGUCGAUCCGGUCGUCCAGGGUAAGACGCGUGCUGAACAGUUCUACCGCGGUGAUGGUGAGGGCAAGAAGGUGAUGUCGAUCCUGCUGCACGGUGAUGCCGCAUUCUGCGGACAGGGUGUGGUGUUUGAGACGAUGCAUUUGUCCGACCUGCCGGACUACACCACGCACGGUACGAUCCACAUUGUGGUGAACAAUCAGAUUGGUUUCACAACCGAUCCGCGUCAUUCGCGUUCGUCGCCCUACUGUACGGACGUGGCACGCGUCGUCAAUGCGCCAAUCUUCCACGUGAACGGUGACGAUCCGGAGGCGGUGAUGCACGUGUGCAAGGUGGCUGCCGAGUGGCGUGCCACAUUCCACAAGGACGUCAUCAUCGAUAUCGUGAGCUACCGUCGCAAUGGACACAACGAAAUCGAUGAGCCAAUGUUCACGCAACCGCUGAUGUACAAAAAGAUUCGCGGUACGAAGCCGGCACUCGAUAUCUACGCUAAUCAGCUAAUUAGCGAGGGAGUUGUGACGGCUGAGGAGGUUAAGAGCGUGAAGGACAAGUACGAGAAGAUUUGCGAGGAAGCGUUCGAGCAGGCAAAGACCGAAACGCACAUCAAGUACAAGGACUGGAUCGAUUCGCCAUGGUCGGGCUUUUUCGAGGGCAAGGACCCACUGAAGGUCGCCCCGACCGGUGUAAUUGAGGAGACGCUGGUACACAUCGGUAAUCGGUUCUCGUCGCCACCACCGAACGCUGCCGAAUUCGUCAUCCACAAGGGUUUGCUGCGUGUGCUGGCCGCUCGUAAGGAAAUGUUGGAAAACAAAACCAUCGAUUGGGCUUUGGCCGAAGCGAUGGCGUUCGGUUCGCUGCUGAAGGAAGGCAUCCACGUGCGUCUGUCCGGACAGGACGUGGAGCGUGGUACUUUCUCGCAUCGUCAUCACGUCCUGCACCAUCAGACGGUGGAUAAGGCAACGUACAGGCCGCUGUGCCAUCUGUACCCGGAUCAGGCCCCGUACACGGUGUGCAAUAGCUCGCUGUCCGAGUUUGGUGUGCUCGGAUUUGAGUUGGGCUACUCGAUGACCAACCCGAACGCGCUCGUCUGCUGGGAGGCUCAGUUUGGCGAUUUCAACAACACCGCACAGUGCAUUAUUGAUCAGUUCGUGUCGUCGGGCCAGGCAAAGUGGGUGCGCCAGAGUGGUUUGGUGAUGCUGUUGCCGCACGGUAUGGAGGGUAUGGGACCGGAACAUUCGUCGGCUCGUGUCGAACGAUUCCUGCAGAUGUGCUCGGACGAUCCCGACUACUUCCCGCCAGAGUCGGACGAAUUUGCCAUCCGGCAACUGCACGACAUUAACUGGAUCGUGGCUAACUGUUCGACCCCGGGCAACUACUUCCACCUGUUGCGUCGCCAGAUUGCGCUACCGUUCCGGAAGCCGCUGAUCGUGCUGACGCCCAAGUCGCUGCUGCGUCAUCCGGAGUGCAGAAGCAACUUCAGCGAAAUGACGGACGGAACCGAAUUCAAGCGAUUGAUACCCGACGCAUUGACCGCCGAAAACCCGAACCAGGUUAAGCGUGUGAUCUUCUGUACUGGCCGUGUGUACUACGAUCUGCUGAAGGCCCGCCGUGACCGCAAGCUGGAUAAUGAUAUUGCGAUCAGCCGUAUCGAACAGAUCUCGCCCUUCCCUUACGACCUGGUGAAGGCCGAGUGCGCCAAAUAUCCGAACGCCGAGCUGGUGUGGGCCCAAGAAGAGCACAAGAAUCAAGGCUGCUGGACGUACGUGCAGCCACGCUUCGACACCGCGAUCAACUCGACUCGUGAUUUCAGCGUGCAAGAAGAAAAGCUUGUGCAGCAGAAAACCGGCCAAGGAUUCAAUAUCCCGCAAGGUACCUUUAACUCUCCGACGAGCGGUUCUGCGGCCAGCAAGGGUCGCAAAGUGCGAAUCUCAUCGCGACCACUUAGCUAUGUUGGACGUCCGUGUGGUGCAUCUACCGCCACCGGUUCGAAGGCGCAACACUUGAAGGAAUUGAAAAAUCUACUGGACGACGCGAUGGCCUUGUAAAUUCGCUGCUGC